UUCACUGACCUCUGCAACUCUUUACUAUCAACUGUACCCACGUUGUUCAACGAUUUCAGAUUUAUCUUUCCACGGGCGUAAUGCUUCCUGCAGCUGCAGCUUUUCAUUUCCCCUGGGAAGUAAACUCUGGAGCAGUGCAGGAGGGAGAGUCAGUGAGAGUCUUUGGGAGACUUGUCUGCUAUCAGCCUGAGGAUUCCAGGGCUACGCUGUCAGCUCAGCAUGCUUCAAAAGAGCACCACGUGGCCAUUCACACUUUGUUUGUGGAACCUUUUAACCCAAUAAUUGGGGCCCAGUACAUCGUUCUGGGUGAGAUUGAAAAUGCUGACGGGGUUGGUGCGAUGGUUCGUGCCCGUGUGUUGAACUGCGUUGACGGAGUCAACGUUGCUCUUCUACAGAAAGCCAUCAACGAGCAAAGGAGCUUCUUCAGGGAGAGGGAGCACCCACCUGACGAUGCACAUGCAACGUGAUCAGGGUGCUCGACGAGUAUCAGGACUGCAGCGCUGCCUCUGAGGCGGUUUGCCAAAGUCCACAGGAGUGACGCUGUGUGUGCUCAAGUGAAUUUAUGAUCCCAUAUCAUUCACAAAUGCUUUAAAAGGGUUCCAACUCCAACAGAUAUACCAGGUAUGGGUCAUGUGAUAUUGAUUAAAACCAAACUAUGGAUAUAUGAAAACAAAUUCUAGCCUUUUUAGCUCUUUGUACCUUUUAUUUAUUUAUUUAUUUAUAUAUAUAUAUAUACUUUCUAACUGGGAUGGAUCAAUGAAGUUUAGCUGAAUUGUAUUUUUAUUUGAAUAGAAAUCUUUUUAAUAAAAUAUUUUUAUGAGUCCAUGUUUUAACCAUAUUAAUAAAGACAUUUUCAAAGCAUCGGCCUGUAUCUAUACAGGUUACUACCAUAAAAAAAAUUAAGCAUUCUAAUGCAUGCAUAUAGUCAAUAUUUUGUAUUUACAGCUCUGAACACCUUCAAAAUGAACAGUGAGUCAGAGAGCUGUACAGGUCUCGGGCUUCAUUCUACAGCCACAGAUCCCACGCUUUUGAGUCAUUCAUGUUCACCGGGCGGAGUGGAAGGCCAUUGUUUGUCAUUUGAUAUCAGGAAUGGUCGACUGUGGGUCAGUGGUUAGCAGGUCCGUCUUUCAAUCAGGUGGUUAGCGGUUCAAUUCCCUUCCAAGUCGAUGUGUCCUUGACCAAGAUGCUUAACCCUGAGUUGUUCCCUGUAGCUGUGGUUACGGUCUAUGUAAUGUUUGUAAGUCGUUAGCUAAAUGUAAUGUGUUGAGGAAAACUCCCUCUUACUCCUGACUCACAUGUGAUCCUUGACAGGUGCAUAAUGUGUAAAGCAGUUGUAGAAGUCACACCGAUUUUAUAUUUUUACAGGUUUCUUAAAAUAAGUUUGAAUCUGAUAUUACGUUCUUGAAAGUAAAUGUUGAGAAGCUGGGGUGUUUUAUUUUAAAAGACGCAGCUGUGAAAGUGAGGGAGUCGAUUAUCUUUAACCAUUAUAAUUUACAUUUAUUGAUAUGUGCUACUUCAUAAAGUAUCAAACAAGAAUGAGUUUAAAGUCAACAGUGUCAAAAAUAGCCCAUGAGUAAUACAGAAUAAAAUCAUUUUUUGUAAAAAGCAUUGCAUCAUGUCCCAGUUUCCCUAAUACAACAAUAAAAACAAAGAUAACUGCA